GAAAGGAAACGGACAAAACGAAGGGCUUUCAUUAUUGACCUCGAGGACAUAGCGAGCUGGGCUGGUUCUCUUCCUUUCUCAACAAGCCGCGUGGUUUUCGCUCCUCAACCUCCACCUCUCUCUCUCUUUCUCUCUAUUUAUCUCUUCUUUUCCACGCACAGAAACAGAUACCCCGCAACUGCACAACAACACAUAAGGAAGUCGGUCGUUUUCCUCAUCCUCUCCUCAUUCUGCUCUGCAUGGGCGAUGGCGAUCUAGGGUUUGGUUUUAUACCUCGGCCUCGCCUCCGUCCCCAUAUGCGAUAGCGGUACUCUCUCUUGGAUCACAGCUUUUUCUUCCACAUCACUCGUACUGUUCUACCAUGUGGUUCCUCCCCUUCUUGCCCAGCGGAAAUGCCUUGGUGGAAGCCCUCCUCCUUUUCAUCUUCACCGUCUUCCCCGUCUCCGAAGCGUUCCUCGUCUGCCGACUCCUCGCCGCUGAAGGCCACGCGUAGGGAGCUUGGCUUGCUCUGGAGCAAGCGGGGUGACUCACCGAGUCGAUUGCAAACGCGGCAGUAUAAGCUUCGUACGUUCGACGCCGCGAGCUCCACAUCACCUAACAGCCUUGAGUCCUUGACGUACCGGUCGUCGUCAUCGCCCGUGCUGCACCCGCACCCGCACCCGCUGCCUUUGCCGGAGUGCUCGCUGAGUAAUGGUGGCGGUGGCGUGACCGCAGCAGCUUCUUGUAAUGGUGGGUGUGAGAGUUGCCGGCGGCCUUCACUUAUGGGGGCUGCAGCUGAUUCGGGAGUGGAGGUGGAAGAGGGUUGCGGGGGAGUGGUGGAUUGCACGCCUGUUGUUGGGACGGAUAUGAAUGGGGAGAGGGUUCCGGCUGCAUCUGGGAGGUCGGCUUUCCCUAACGUUCAGAGAAGUCCAGAGCAUUUUGAUAAUCCGACGAAGAGAUAUAAUUUCAGUAAUCAUAGGAAGGCAAUCCAUGAUCCAAAUUCUGUUGAAAGCAUAACCUUCAGGUUAAGCAUACCAGCUAAAAGUGCUCCACCAAGCGGCUUCUCAAGUCCUGUGCACAGUCCUCGGAGAUUGAGUAAUGUAGAUGUAUUCCCAUCUGUCUUCAGUCCUUCAGAAGGGCUUCAUUUUUUUUCUGCUCCUGAAGUCUCUUCUAUGGAUAUGAUGGUAGGAAUGUCCCCCCAAACUUCAUCCGAGAAACUUCAUGGCAGUCCUGAUAUAUCACCGUCAUAUAGUCCAACUAUCAGAAGUCCUAUUCUGAAGUCAAAAAAUCCAAGUGCACCUCAAUCUCCUCUUCAUCCUAAGAUUUAUUCAGAGAAUUCUAGUACAUGGCAUGACAAUAAUAUGAAUUUGAAUGUCCACCCACUGCCUCUACCUCCUGGACCUGCUGUGUUGCCACAGCCAAACUUUUCUCAUCAAAAUGCAAAUAAAAAUGAGAGUGCUUCAAUGACUAGCCAGUGGCAGAAGCAAAAACUAAUUGGCAGUGGUACUUUUGGGAAUGUUUACAGGGCUACCAAUAGGCAUACUGGCGCUUUAUGUGCGAUGAAAGAAGUAAAUAUAAUCCCCGAUGACCCUAAAUCUGCUGAAUGUUUGAAACAACUAGAACAGGAAAUCAAAGUUCUAAGUAAAUUAAAGCACCCAAACAUUGUGCAAUAUUAUGGAAGUGAAUUUACUGAGGAUCGAUUUUUCAUAUACCUAGAGUACGUAUACCCUGGUUCAAUUGACAAGUAUGUUCAAGAGCAUUGUGGAGCUAUGACAGAAUCUGUUGUUCGCAAUUUUACUCGUCAUAUUCUAAAGGGGCUGGCAUACUUGCAUAGUACAAAUAAUAUCCACAGAGACAUCAAAGGGGCAAAUUUACUUGUUGAUGUUAAUGGUGCAGUAAAACUUGCAGACUUUGGGAUGGCAAAACAUUUAAGUAGGGCUGCACCGGCACUUUCCUUGAAGGGAAGUCCAUAUUGGAUGGCUCCAGAGGUUGUACAAGCUACAAUGAGCAAGGAUGUUGGUUAUGAUUUUUCUGUUGAUAUUUGGAGCCUGGGUUGCACUAUCAUUGAAAUGUUUACUGGAAAACAUCCUUGGAGUGGACUUGAGGGGGCUGCGGCAAUGUUCAAGGUAUUGCAUAAAGAUCCACCUAUGCCGGAGACUUUGUCAUCUGAAGGUAAAGACUUUCUGCAGCGCUGUUUCCGCAGGAAUCCAGCAGAAAGACCAACAGCAAACAUGCUUCUAGAUCAUCCCUUUAUUCGGAACUCAAACCACUACCAUCUCCAUGGUUCCAUCCAGGCUUUUGCGGGAAUCAAACUUAAUGAGACCACCAAUAGCCCAAGGGACAGGCCUAGAGCAAGAAGCGAGCCUUUUCUGAAAGGAAGACAGCCUACCAACGGUGAAAUCAGUCACUCUCAGGCAGAAAUCUCGGAAUCCACAGCUCCUCGCCUGACUCUGAGAUCCGCACCAGAGGUUCUCCAUAGUUUAUUUCCACAUUCAGGCUCUUCAAUGAAUACCUCAAAUGGUUUUCACGCAGUUGUUGGAAACCUUCAUGCUUCCAGCUCUGUAGCAUUUCUUUCAAAUAACACAUAUUCAUUUACUGGGAAUCAGAAUCAUCACCAGUUGACCUCUCCAAACAAUAUUUCAAGUGGCACACAUUCAAAUACAAGCAACAAACAACCCUAUGUGCUGCCAAAGCCAAAUGUAAAAGAUUUAAAGGAAGCUUGCCACUUUUAGAACGGCCAUGGAAGGCUUGAGAUUUCUUAGCUGAGCUUUAGAUUCUUUUUUUCCACACAUUUUCACCAUUUCUAGUGUCUGUAGCUCGAAUCAGGUGGUAGGAAUGUUGACUACAAGAGUUUAGAGUUUGUAUAUUUUCACCAAUGAUCAAUUGUAGGAAUUAAUUAGGCGUGUCGAAUUCGGAUUGAGUUGUAUACUGUGCAGGUGCGGUAGGGAUCAGAUUUACGGCUUCCUUUGGGGCGGCUUUCUUACUAUUUUUAAAAACAACUUUUUAGUAUAAAAUUUUGUACUAAAAAACUGUGUUAAGAAGCAGUAAAAAAGCUGUUUCAAACGAAGCCUAAAUUAAUGGGACUUCAGCUCUACUUGAAGCUAUUUUGCCUAUUCUUGAUUUUCAAUCGUGUGUAAAAUAAGUGUAAAUAUUUAAGUAUUUUUGGCUAAUAAAUGUGAUCAACGGUUCCACGUCA